AUGGCCACAGUGUCUCCGGUGGGCCGGGCCGACGGACCCUCCCGCUCCAGCCUCGACUCGGCCAUCGACAAGGAGGGAGAGAAGACAGCCAUUGACGGCAGCCUCGAGGAGUCUGCGUCUGACACGGCCAGCGACAUUCGCGUCCAAGAGGCCGCGCCCACGUCGACAUCGGCGCCGCACCGUGCCGAUGCCGGCAUUGAUGGCAGCACGGUCGACCCGUCCGCGCUGCAUAUUGAGCAUCGUUACUUUACCUAUGCCACCGAGCUGCCGCCGCCCAACACAUCUCCGUGCAGAGCCGCCAACGACAACAACACAGACCUUGCCGCCGCACCACCACCGCCGCCGCCCAACCUCAAGCCAUUCACCGACCCGCAUCUUUGGUCCGACCGCCGCAAGUAUACAAUGCUUGCGCUGUCGUGCAUCGCCACGUUUCUGACGGCGUACUGCGCCGGCUCCUUCUCGCCGCCGGUCCAGCGCAUGUCGGCCGCCUUUGGCACGUCGUCCACGGUCACGCUGUUUGCGGGCAUCACGGUGUACUGCCUGGGCUUUGCGCUGGCGCCCAUGCUGAUGGCCCCGCUGUCCGAGUACAACGGCCGCUACCCCGUGUUUGUGUUUGCCGGCUGCGUCAUGCUCGUUUUCCAGGUGGUCAGCGGCGCGGCGCCGGACGUGGGCGCCAUGCUCGUGGCCCGGCUACUUGUGGGUGUGGGCGGCUCCGUGUUUAGCACCGUGGUCGGCGGCGUCAUUGCCGACAUGUGGCACGCCGAGGGCCGCAACACGCCCAUGGCGCUGUUUAGCGGCUGCGUCUUCUUUGCCACUGGCUGCGGGCCGCUGGUGUCGGCCGUCAUCACCUACCGCACCACGUACCCGCAAAACGCCCACGACGUCGCCACCGACACGAGCGUGCGCGCGCCCUGGCGCUGGGUGUUUUGGCACCAGGUCAUUGCCGACGCCGUACUCAUGGUCGCCCUCGUCUUUCUGUUUCACGAGAGCCGCGGGUCCGUGCUGCUGUCGCGCAAGGCCAAGGCCCUCAACGCGUGGUAUACGGCGCGCGAGGCGGCCGGCUACUUUGGCGUGUGGCUGCCGGCCGACGACGACGACGCCCGCCUGCCGCCGCUGGCUAGGCAGUCGCAGCGCCGCGUCGAGGGCGAGCCCAAGACGACCAUGGCGCGCGAGGUGCCAUCGCCGUCGUCGUCCGGCCCGACGUCUGCGCUCCGCCGCGUGCGCUGGGUGGUCAAGGACGACGAGGACCGCACGACCGUCUGGAAGCUGAUUGGCAUGUCCGUCUACCGCCCGUUCCACAUGUUCUUCACCGAGCCCGUCGUCUUCUUCUUCUCGCUCUGGGUGGCGUUUGCGUGGGCCGUGCUCUACCUCACCUUUGGCAGCAUCUUCUUGGUGUUUGAAGAGGUCUACGACUUCAACAUGCAGCAGGCCGGCUACACCUUUUCCAGCAUGUUCGUCGGCGCGGCCGUCGCCACCGUCAUGGGCCUCUACCAGGACCGCUACCUCCUCACCAUCCUGCCGCUGCCCGCCGCCCUCCGGGCCCGUUUCCAGGCCGGCGGCGUGCCCGAAGCACGGCUGUGCGGCGCCUGUGUCACGUCCAUCCUGCUGCCCGUCGGUCUCUUCAUCUUUGGCUUCACGGCCCGCCCCGACUACCACUGGAUUGCCCCGGUGUUUGGCAUCGGCAUCUCCACCGUCGGCAUUUUCGCCAUUUACCUGUCGACCUUCAACUACCUGGCCGACGUCUACCACCGCUUCGCUAGCUCCGCACUCGCCGCGCAGGGCUGCUGUCGCAACGUGCUAGGCGGCAUCUUCCCGCUCGUGAUGCGCCCGCUCUUUACCAACAUGGGCAUUGCGCGGGCGGGCGCGCUGCUGGGCGCCAUUGGCACGGGCCUGACGCUGGUGCCGUGGGUGCUGCUCUAUUUUGGCGACCGCAUCCGGCGGCGGAGCAAGUUUGCGCAGGCGUUGGCGACCUAA